GCCUACGUCUCCUUCGUUCGGUCCACGUGUUUCGUCAGCAAAAGCGCCUCCUUUAUCGGCAUCUGCUCACUCCGCCGUGUUGUUCUGGGACGCCGAGGUCGCCGGAGUCCUUUGUGAUUUCUUUUUCCUUAUUUCCCGUUUUUUGGGGGCAUAUUUGAGUCUUCAGGGUAAGCCAUGCCGUCUGUUCCCUCAUCCAAAGAGACCACUGUCAAUGGCCCCGUGUGCCCUCACGCUGCCAAACUGCACAACCACACCAACGGAGAAGCCAAACUCCGGGAGGCUUCGUUCCCACUGAAUGGGGUUGAAAAGAUGCCCGCGGUGGUGGACACCGAGGAGGCGAGCAGGACCAUUCAGAUCAACACAAAGAGCCCUUCUCCCGAGAGGAAAUGGAUCCGGCCUGACCUUCCCAGCCGCUGCAAAUGGAGCCUGGGAGCCUCAAAAGCCGAGUCUCCUCACACACGAGUUCCAAGGUCUGUUGCCCCAGCCAUUCUUCCGAACAUCCUGCAUAGGAUUGGUGACACUCCCUUGGUGCGCAUCAACAAGAUCCCGAAAGCAUUUGGACUCAAAUGUGAAAUCUUGGCCAAAUGUGAGUUCUUCAACGCCGGCGGCAGCGUCAAAGACAGGAUCAGCCUGCGGAUGGUGGAGGAUGCUGAGAGAGCCGGAAUUCUUAAGCCUGGAGACACAAUUAUAGAGCCCACAUCUGGAAACACUGGAAUUGGAUUGGCCCUGGCUGCAGCUGUGAAAGGCUACCGCUGCAUCAUAGUCAUGCCUGAGAAAAUGAGUAUGGAGAAGGUGGAUGUUCUGAGAGCCCUCGGAGCCGAGAUCGUCCGCACGCCCACUAGCGCUCGCUUCGACUCGCCAGAGUCUCACGUGGGCGUCGCCUGGCGCCUCAAGAACGAGAUCCCCAACUCCCACAUCCUGGAUCAGUACCGCAACCCGAGCAAUCCACUGGCUCACUACGACACCACAGCCGAAGAGAUCCUGGAGCAGUGCGACGGUAAGGUGGACAUGCUCGUGGCAGGAGCAGGCACAGGGGGAACAAUUACAGGUAUCGCCCGGAAACUGAAGGAAAGAUGCCCUAACAUCAAGAUUGUUGGUGUUGACCCAGAGGGCUCCAUCCUGGCUGAGCCUGAGGAUCUUAACAAGACCGAUAAGACCCAGUACGAGGUAGAGGGCAUUGGGUACGACUUCAUCCCCACCGUGCUCGACAGAUCAGUAAUUGAUAUGUGGUACAAGUCCAAUGAUGAGGAGUCCUUCAACAUGUCUCGUAUGCUGAUCAGAGAGGAGGGCUUGCUGUGCGGAGGCAGCUCAGGAACGGCCAUGGCUGCAGCCGUGAACGUCGCCAGAGAGCUGAAGGAGGGCCAGCGCUGUGUCGUCAUCUUGCCCGACUCCAUCCGCAACUAUAUGUCCAAGUUCCUGAGUGAUAAGUGGAUGGUAAAUAAGGGCUUCCUGAGGGAGGAGGACCUCAUGGUGAAGAAACCAUGGUGGUGGAACCUGAAGCUGCAGGGUUUGAACCUGUCGGCCCCCCUCACCGUCCUGCCAACCGUCAGCUGCCAGAAGACCAUCAAAAUCCUCAAGGAGAAGGGCUUCGACCAGGCGCCUGUAGUGGACGAGGCUGGGUUAAUCCUGGGCAUGGUGACUCUGGGGAACAUGCUGGCCUCGAUUCUGGCAGGGAAGAUCAAGCUGUCAGACCCGGUCAGCAAAGUGCUCUACAAGCAGUUCAAACAGAUCCGUCUGACUGAUAACUUGGGAAAGUUAUCCCGCAUUCUGGAGACUGACCACUUUGCCCUGGUGGUACAUGAACAGAUCCAGUACUUAACAGACGGCUCUCCCAGUUUGAAGCAGAUGGUUUUCGGUGUGGUGACAGCCGUCGACCUACUCAACUUUGUUACAGGGCGGGAAAAGAGAGAGCGAUCCAUGUCGGAAUCGACUGACGAGCUGUUCUAAAAUACACAGCCCGCACUUGUACAUUGCAUCCACUUACACGCUUGCAUAACAAACAUGAUAUGUUUAUUAGAGGCAUCUGAAAGAUUGCAAAAAAAAAAUCUUAAGUUUUUGAUUGAAGUUAGUGCUUUUUUUCCACUCAUUGAUUCAUUUUUUUAUGUUUGAACUUAAAGUAUAACAAUCAAAUUAAGUUGUGCUAUUCAGCCAUUUUGUGACAUUACUUAUUUGAGGUAUUUGAUUAUUACUUAUUAUAUCUACUUGUAGAACUCAAAGCUAUCUUUUGUAAGUUUGUAACUUGUAGAAAGCUUUUGUGUUGAAUAGAGACCUCUGUGUUGUUUUACUUUUUUUUUUUUUUUAGAAGUACAUGAUUGUUUCACUACAGCCUUGUUUACCAAUCAAUCAGUAGAAAUAAGAGAGCAGUAUAAAAGCCACAUUUAUCUCAUUUAUCACUGUUAGACAAGUAAGAGAAUUACUGUAUAUAAGUAUAUAAUUUUUCCAGUGGUGCUCACUGUUUGUCGCUCUUUGAUUUGUGUAUAUGUACACCAAAAGAAAAAUCUGUGGAGAAUUCUCUCAUUUCUUAAAGCAAUCGUGUAGUGUUAUUUUCCUUGCUAAUGUCAACGCAGUGCCUGUGAUGUAAGUGUAAAGUGACUAUUUAAUCUUAGCUGUGUCUCAGAGAAACAUUUUAUAUUGCACUGUUUUUUUUCCUCAUGAAUGUGUAUGAUUAAAUAAAAUUUAAAGAAAA